AUGGCAGACAGGUGGGCGAAGGCAGAAUGCCUGCGAGACGUCUUCGAGCUACUGGCGCGCGAAAUCCCGCUGGUCGACCGACCCAACAAACCACCGACUCGGCUGUCAGAGAAAACCGUUACGGCAAUCCGAGAGCACCUUCCACAGGUUCGCGCACUAGUCGUGCAUCGUCCGGUGUUGCGCAUGAUCGAUGAGAUGAUAAUGGAAGACUUCCAUCGCUCUGCGCAACCUUCCCAGCUACCAACGAUUCGUGGCAUGCUCGCUCCGAAUCACCAGGAACCUGAGGAAGACUUCAACAAUCAGCUACAACAGAUCAAUGGAAACUUCCAGAUGCCAUUUGCCAUGCAGCAGCCAUUUGAGUACGGGAUUGCAGAUUCUGGGCUUGAGGAUUUGGCUGUUGAUGGCCUACUCUCGUUUCCUGGGGUGUUUGACUUCGAAGGCUGGACAUGA